GGAGAAAAAUAUAGGGGCAGGAGAACGCAGGAAGUCCUCAGAGAUUCCCUCUCCCACUUGACAGUUGUGUCUCCCCCCUUUCUUUCUCUCUCUUCUUCUUCUUCUUCGCUCAUACGGAGUAUCACAAAUUCGGAAACUCUUCUUUCUCUCUCUUCUUUCCCUCCCCUCGGAAGAUCGGAGUUCGUCUCUCAUGGCGUCGCUCCUUGAAUCUGGAUGGCAGUAUUUGGUCACUCAUUUCAGCGACUUUCAAUUGGCUUGCGUUGGAAGUUUCAUCCUUCACGAGAGUGUCUUCUUCUUAUCUGGACUCCCUUUUAUAUUGCUUGAGAGGGGAGGAUACCUUAGCAAAUACAAGAUUCAGGCGAAAAAUAACCCACCUGAGGCUCAACAGAAAUGCAUCACACGCUUACUGUUGUACCACUUUUGUGUGAAUCUGCCGGUGAUGCUCUUAUCGUAUCCUGUCUUUAGAGCUAUGGGGAUGCGAAGUAGCCUACCCCUGCCAUCCUGGAAAGAAGUGGUACCUCAGAUAGUAUUUUAUUUCAUUCUUGAAGAUUUUGUGUUUUACUGGGGACACAGGAUAUUGCAUACAAAGUGGCUUUACCAGCAUGUUCACAGUGUCCACCAUGAGUAUGCUACGCCAUUUGGACUGACUUCUGAAUAUGCUCAUCCUGCUGAGAUACUAUUCCUUGGCUUUGCGACAAUUGUCGGACCUGCUAUUACAGGUCCCCAUUUGUUUACUCUCUGGUUGUGGAUGGUCCUUAGAGUGCUUGAGACCGUUGAGGCACACUGUGGCUAUCACUUUCCUUGGAGCCCAUCAAACUUCAUUCCGUUAUAUGGAGGUUCCGAUUUUCAUGACUAUCAUCACCGCUUGUUGUUUACAAAGUCUGGGAACUACUCAUCAACAUUUAUGUACAUGGACUGGAUUUUUGGCACUGAUAAUGGUUACAGAACAUUGAAGGCACUGAAGACUGCUGAAGCUGAUGGCAAGAAAAUGUAAGAAAUUGAAGGAUUCAUUUUUGGUGCCAUUCUCUCAUUUGGUGUGGGGGGAAUGGAUUAUCAGUCGCUUGAUCUUAGUUCUCUAUCCCAUUCCUUUGAUCUUUGUUGUGAUUAGUGACCGCAGCCCCUAUCAUGUGUUUAAUUACUUUUUGGUUUGAGGUGGUGUUGGCGGUUAGAACGCUUGUCCUUAUCUUCCUUCAAUGAAUGAAGUUUUAGUUACAUGUUAAAGUUAUGUUUUCCUUUUACUUUGAAGCUGUGUUGAUAUGUAUUACAUAUAUAUAGUGCAGCAUGUGAGACCUCUUGCAGAAAGCUGUACAACUUGAUAUUCUGAAAUGAUAUUUUCUUGUAAAUCAAAUGCCUUUUUUGGUACGA